AUGUUUUCACUGCUUCGUCGUGCCGUAAUUUCAGUAGAAUUUGCCCGUGUCGUACAUCUCACGAAACAGUACGGAAGAACGUUUGGCACCUCCGUCAAACCGCAGCUGAUAGACGACACCGUGAGAAAUCGUUUUACCAUCGAACUAGCGGCUGCCGUAGAAGCGAAGUUAGCAGACAAAAGGCUAGAAGCACAAAAACGAAUGGAAUCACGUAAGACAAAGCAGGAGGUACAACAACGGUAUAAUGGUGCGGUCAAACGGCGUAAGUGGGAAGAUCCACCAGAAGAUCCCGAAGCGGUGAAAAAUUUCGAUCCAGCAUCGCGUGUUAAACGGCGCAAGAGUAUCAUCCUGCUCGGUUACUCGGGCGUGAAUUACUUCGGGAUGCAACGCAAUCCGGGGACCAAAACGAUUGAGGAGGACCUGCUGCGUGCGAUGCUUAAGCAAAACUGGAUCAACGACGAAGGCUUCCGUCAGCCGCAGCAAAUUCAGUUCCAGCGUGCGGCUCGUACCGACAAAGGGGUGUCGGCGGCUGUACAGGUGGUGUCUAUCAAGCUACCCGAUACUCUGGACAUUGAGGCAUUGAAUUCGGAAUUACCGGAGGACAUUCGAGUGUACGCUGUGAAGCGCGUUACGAAAGGAUUCAACUCCAAGACGAACUGUGAUGCUCGCACCUACACGUACACGUUACCUACCAUAGCUUUUGCUUUGAAUGAAGAAAAAGUGGACAUUCACACGUUCCGCCUUCCAGCGGAUCAGUUGAAGCGUGUAAAUGAAGUCCUUUCUCUAUACGUCGGCACGAAGAACUUUCACAAUUUUACUAGCCGCAAGGAAUUUCUCGAUCCAUCCGUAAAACGAUUCAUCAUGUCGUUCGAAUGUGAACCACCUUAUGUUCCGGAGGGAUCGACAACCGAGUUCGCCACGAUAAAAAUUAAAGGACAAAGCUUCAUGUUGCAUCAGAUACGAAAGAUGGUUGGACUCACGAUAGCCGUCGUCCGUGGCCUUACCGAUAGUGGGAUCAUCGAGAAAGCGUUCGGACAGGAACGAUACGGAAUUCCAACAGCACCGGGGCUGGGUCUGGUGCUGAGCAGGAUUCAUUACGAUAAAUACAACAAGCGCUAUGGUGAGGAUGGAUGCCACGAAACGCUGGAAUUUGAGAAGGAGGAGCCCAUGAUACAGGAAUUCUUCAAGCGACACAUUGCAUCGACCAUUGUCGAGACGGAGCUGAGCACUAACUCGAUGAUUGAAUGGCUAGAAAAGCUACCGCUGCAUAGCUACGAACCACGAGAUGAGAAUGAGCCGAGCGAGUGGAAACCUAGAAAUCGAAAAACUUCGGAAGAUAAUGAUGAUGAUGAAUAG